UUCCAGAUUUUGGAGUGGGAGAAUUCAUCAACUGUCAGACAGUUUAUUUACUAAGAUGGAACGGAAAACGGGUGGUUGGCUUUCGUCGGUAGUUGGUAAUAUAUCGGGCCUUUGGUCGCGCUCACCAACUGAAUUCGCUGCCACAUCGAGAGAAAAUAAUGAUACGCGGAAUUCCUCACGUAAUAGCUCCUAUGAAGAGCAAGCUGAAAGUGACGUUGGUGAGGAGAAUGACGAUAUUAUUGUCGAGACCGUAUGUGCUGGACCAUCCGUCACUGUACCAACUACUAGUAGGAGUCAAAGUGAUGUUACAUCAAAACGGAACGCUGUCCGUUAUCUGAGCCCGUCGGCACUCUUAGCAGCCACACGAUCUGUUACCACCUCGGUUGACAAGGAAACACUGACAAGUACCAAUCGAAAACGUGCUGCAACAGGUUGCCUUUUUCAAGAUGACGUGCGGUCGAAUGCCAGAAAUUCUCCUGCUACAUCAUCCAUAAUGGAACCUUUUUCCACUCGUUUUUCUACAAAACGUUCAAGAAUCCAGCGGGAUUUUACCGAUGAGAGGUCAUUCCUUUCAUUAUCUUCGUUAUCUGAUGCACCAACUACUGGAAGACGUCAUUUAAAUCAGUCGUUCGCUUCGUCUUUCACACCGUUGAAUUCGCUAGUAAUGAAACCGAGAGUGUCACGUCCCUGCAGCAGCGUAGCUUCAUCACUAAGCAGUAAAACAAGAGCUAUUCUUGAGCAGUUAGAAAAAAUUAGCUCCCCUGUUAAGGAAGUGAAACGAUUAUCAUCUUUAAAUAUGGAUGGGCCAGAACGUUGGGCGAGUGAUACCAUCAGCAGUGCGGUUCAAAAGCCACCACGAAAUUCCAUGUGCUCCUUAUCACGUGCACAGUUGAUAUCCAACAUCCUUGCCACUAAAUCGACUUCACCAUUCUGGAGUCGUCCAGCUCAUUCGGCCAAGAUGGUAGAUUCUUCCAUUACUUCAUCGAAUACUAUUCACACUCAUUCAACAGACAUGGAUCACGAUCGUGAAUCUGAUAAAAUGUUGACUACAAAGUCGUCCAAUUUACCCUUGCCUAAGAAAGCUAAUAUGCUGAGUCCUUCAAGGAAGCAAGACCAAGAGUUUGAUGAUGAUAAUGUGGAGAAAACGACAGUGUCACCGAAAAUUGCAGCAUUACCCAUGUCUACUUCUGUGAUCAAAGCUACAACCGUAUCACCGCAACGUUCUUCAUCAGCAAAAUCGACUAAUGUGUUCAGUGCUAGGGAUUUGGGUGUAGUGAGCCCAGUGAAGGAAAUAGUGAGAAAUGAUAACGACAAAUUGGCAAGUCCAGCGAAAAUCGAUGGUGCUAUGUUUGCUUUCGCUCCACCAAUGAAACGAGGACCUUCAGCAAGUUUUCAUGGCGAAGAAAUCCCAAAGGUUCCUCAGUCUGCCUCAUCAUUUGCUGAAACGGCGAUUAAGGCUACAGCUGAAAAGUGUGUGGAUGGUUUUUCAUUCUCAGCAGAAGGUGUUUCGAAACAAAUUGAAGAACAGCCAAAUACUGCAGAUAAGGGUAAAGAGGCUGAAUCAGUCACUGAAGUUUCUACAGUUGUCAAGCCUACGGAUGCUGUCACAACAACGCCAUAUACGUUAUCUGUGAAGCAGUCGUCACAGAAAUCUACUGAACAGUGGUCAUGCCCGAAAUGUAUGGUUUUCAAUAAAGCGGAUAUUGGAAAAUGCGUUUGCUGUGAUUACGAAAACCAUUUGUUGGAAGCUAAGCCAUGGACAUGUAGCGAAUGUUGGGUUUCUAAUAAAUCAACUGAUGAUAAAUGCAUCGCUUGCGGCAAUCUUAAACAAAGCGACGGUGAAAAUAUGAAGCAAGCAGAUAUCAGUACUCAGAGCAGCUCAUUUACCAACGUUUUUGGUGAUCGUACUUUCAAACCUGUGCCGUCUUCUGGAAGCAUUUCAUUCGGUUUUUCUGCUGCGAAACCCGUUACUGACGGCACCAAUUUAUCAUCACUGAUAUCUGCUCCACCAACAACAAAAACACUAAAUGCAGGCACUGUUGUUAAUGGAAACGCUAAUAAUGAGGCCCCAUUGAAAUUUGGUUUAUCAUCGAGCACUUCGGCACCAAGUUUUGGCUUCGGAAAAGUUCCUGAAAUAAGCCCUCUGCCAACAGUAACCGAAGGACAGCCUUUGAUGUUGUCGUCUCAUCCGCCAAGUGCAUCACUUACUUUUGGCGUUUCAUCUAGUUCUUCUGUGACAACGGCCUCAUUUAAUCCUUCCUUGACUCGUUCAUCACUUUCUUUCCCGACGUUAACUAUGACAACAUCAGCCGUCACGACCGUAUCUCCAUCCGAAAGCAUCUUCAGCAUUCCACUUUCAACAAAUGUAAAUCCUUUCACGUUUGGAUCUUCUAGCACCACAACAGUCGGGGAGAUUAAAACAUCGGCUGCACCGUUGUUUACCUUUGGUUCUUCUCCAUUCCCUGCUGUUACAUCCGGUACAUCCGCUGUAGCCACUACAACUUCAUUGCCAUCAUUUGGUACAGCUUUACCUGCAUUUUCGACUCCCAAAGCCUCUCUUUUUGGUACCAGUGGUGGAUCAACAUCGAGCCCAGGAGGAGGUCAUGAUGUUGUCGAAAUGAGUUCACCUACAACCUCACCAGUUGUUCCGACAACCGUUGGAUCCUUUGAGAUAUCCAAAUCGUCAACUCCUUCUUUAUUCAAUUUUGGUGCUUCGAAUGCUUUAAGCUCAACUUCCACUGGAACACUCUUCGGAAAUUUGCAAACAACAGUGCAAAAUCCGCUCGCUACUCCAAGCACAUCAUUGUUUUCAUUUGGACAGCAACAAAUGCCAGUCGCACCGAAGCCUUUUGAGCCACCAGCUUCAUUGACUUCACCUCCGUCAACUUUCAGUUUCGGUGCUACAGCUUCGAACGGUACUGCAGGAUUUGUUUUUGGUGCGACUUCGCCACCAGCAAAUUUUGCAUUUGGUGCACAACAACCAUUAAAUAAUACAGCUUCGACGACAUUCAAUUUUACUCCUGCAACACCUGCACCUCCUUUCGGAAAUGUUCCUGGAACAUCAGCAGCACCAAAUUUCUUCUCUGUGGGUUCAUCAUCGUCGACGACUGCUCGAAAGAUGUUAAAAGCACGGCGAAUGCGGAAAUAACCAUGAGUUCAUCUUUCUGUUCUUAUGAAAAAAUAUUGCCUCAUUGCUUAGUUGUUAUUGUACUAGUAAAAAUUAGUUGGUUCACCUGAUAUUUUUGAUGAUGGCAGAAUCUCUUGUGUUUUCUCUCUG